UAUUUCUCAACCGUGGCGCCACACCGUUCAGCGUCCUUCUGCGGCUCGGAGAACUGCAGGAACCAUCGAUGGCAAUCGAACCAUCACAAGCUGUGAUCGAGGAGAGGACCUCCCUACACCCACCAGAUCGGGUUUGCCGGGUGAACCUGUCACAGAGCGAUGGAACUGCCACAGGAUAUGCAAGCUUGGCUGGUGCUGAUUGCCAGGAUUGCCUUGCCCAUUUUCAUCUUAUUCGUGACCUUCGGCCCUAAGAUUGACGCUUGGCUCUCUUCCUGGGGACCCUCCUAUGAGAAAGACGAGCUGCUUAGACAUUGGAAGCUCACCAAAGGCUGUGAGAAGCCUUCCGAGCUGGGCAAUCUCGUGGUGGUCACCGCUGAGACUGCGCCGCUCAUCUUCCAAAAGCCAGAGGUGCCGGAGCGACCGAAGACCAAGGGCAAGAAGCUCCGGCCCGACCCUCGGGAGCGCGAAGACGGCCGCCGCGAGCGCCGGGAGGACGACCAACGACGCUCAGAUGCUCCGCGGGUCGCGUCCGAUGCUCGGCGCGAGGCCGGUGAGUCGAAGGUGGACGAGAAGCAGAAGCCACCGGAGCCUGCUGAGGACUUGAAACGGAUGCGCUUUGAAAGCUUGGUGAAUUUCAUGGCCUUCAACCGCCCACAGCCGCAGCGGGUCUUCUUGCCAGUGGGGAUGCCGCCGGCGCCGCCGAGCAAACAGGCCACGGCCGCGCCGACGAUCACUGGAAAGGAGGCGCAGCAAGCCAACGUGGAGGCUCAGAUGGUGUUGGCCGGUGGCUUGGAGCUGGAGCCCUGCUCCCGACUACUGUCCGGUGUGGCCAAGAGCCUCUACGAGCAGCUCUCGCGGGCGUCGGUGGAGAUUCAGCCGGAGACCUUCUCCCUCAUGGUCCGGGCAUGUAUCAAGGUCGUGGAUCUGGGUGCUUGCAGCGAGUUCCUGUGCAAGAUCGAAGCGGCCGGGCAGGCGCUGGACAAUGCAUUGAUGGACCAGGUCAUGGAAUUGUACUGGGACCAGAAGAAAGUCCAGGAUUCCGCCGGCCCCCCCCAGCAUCCUCCCAGCUCAUCUGCGGAACGCCGCCGAGCGUGCGCGUGCCCUGGGGCCCCUGGCAGUGCCAGUCCCACCGCCUCCAGAGCAGCCAGCUCCGCGCUUCGAUGCGAAAGGGCGCAACAAGCAGCCGAGCUUCCCCGCCUUCUCAGUGCCUGAGGAGUUCAAGGCGAAGACGACCUUGCUUUCCUCCGACGCACCGGAGUUCUUACCCGGCAACGGGCACCUGAGAGCGGAGGUGUCCUCACUCUCACCGGAAGCGGAGGAGUUUGAACCCUUCAACUCGGCGAAGUUCCAGGGUGAUCUCACCUCCCUACAGUAAAACAUGGACUUUCCUCAGGGGUACUGACUCUUAGACCCUC